UCUUCCAAGUAUAGCUUAAAGCAUCACACCAUCUCCAUCUCUCCAUCUCUCUCCAUCUCUCUCUCUCUCGUGUUCGGAGGAGCUUCUCGCAGCUUGAUCUUUGGCGAGCCGCAGUUCGAUUCUCAGCGGGGAAGUAAGCGGGGGGAGCUCGUUCUGCUGGAGCUCAGCCGAUCGGAGCUCCGGCGCCUCGCAUGGUUCCGGUUUCGGCUCCGGAAGCGCCAUUUCCGUCCUCGUAGCUGAGGUGAUCUUCGGGUGAAAAAUGUCGACCUCGCGAGGAGGGGCCGACCAGCCGCCGCAGCCGGCGCGGCGGCUCAUGCGGACUCAGACCGCCGGUACCCUCGGGGAGUCCAUCUUCGACAGCGAGGUCGUGCCGUCGUCGCUGGUGGAGAUCGCGCCGAUUCUGCGUGUGGCCAAUGAGGUCGAGAGCAGCAACCCUAGGGUGGCUUAUCUCUGUCGAUUUUAUGCUUUUGAGAAGGCUCAUAGGUUGGAUCCCACUUCUAGUGGACGUGGUGUUCGUCAAUUUAAGACUGCUCUCCUUCAGCGUCUUGAAAGGGAAAAUGAUCCAACCUUAAUGGGAAGGGUUAAAAAAAGUGAUGCGCGUGAAAUGCAGAGUUUUUAUCAGCAUUAUUAUAAAAAAUACAUUCAAGCUUUGCAUGCUGCUGAUAAAGCUGAUCGUGCUCAGCUUACCAAGGCUUACCAAACUGCUAAUGUACUUUUUGAGGUGUUGAAAGCUGUUAAUAUGACACAAUCCAUGGAAGUCGAUCGGGAGAUUCUGGAGGCUCAGGAUAAAGUAGCGGAAAAAACACAAAUUUACGUUCCUUACAACAUUCUCCCUCUGGAUCCUGAUAGUGCAAAUCAGGCGAUCAUGAAAUAUCCUGAGAUCCAAGCUGCUGUUGUGGCACUUCGCAAUACGAGGGGCCUUCCAUGGCCAAAGGACCACAAAAAGAAGGAUGACGACAUUCUUGAUUGGCUUCAGGCAAUGUUUGGAUUUCAGAAGGAUAAUGUGGCAAACCAAAGGGAACAUUUGAUCUUAUUGCUUGCAAAUGUGCACAUUCGGAGAUUUCCAAAACCCGACCAGCCACCCAAGUUGGAUGAUCAGGCACUCACAGAAGUGAUGAAGAAACUUUUCAAGAACUAUAAAAAAUGGUGCAAGUUCUUGGAUAGGAAGAGCAGUCUUUGGUUACCGACGAUCCAGCAGGAAGUGCAGCAGCGUAAACUUCUCUACAUGGGUCUAUAUCUUCUUAUUUGGGGGGAAGCAGCAAAUCUGAGAUUCAUGCCAGAAUGCCUUUGCUAUAUUUAUCAUCAUAUGGCUUUCGAACUGUAUGGCAUGCUAGCUGGUAAUGUCAGUCCCAUGACUGGAGAAAAUGUAAAGCCUGCUUAUGGAGGUGAAGAAGAGGCCUUUUUGAGGAAAGUUGUUACUCCUAUUUAUCAAGUGAUUGCCAAGGAAGCGGAAAGGAGUAAGCGCGGAAGAUCGAAGCAUUCUCAAUGGAGGAACUAUGAUGAUUUAAAUGAAUACUUUUGGUCCGCUGACUGUUUCCGGUUGGGUUGGCCAAUGCGUGCAGAUGCUGAUUUUUUUCACGUUUCUACUGCUGAGGAACCACAACAUUUUGAGAAAACUGAGGAUUCAAAACCUGCUUAUCGAGAUCGAUGGGUUGGGAAGGUGAAUUUUGUUGAAAUACGGUCUUUCUGGCACAUUUUCAGAAGCUAUGAUCGGAUGUGGAGCUUCUUUAUUCUAUCCUUACAGGCAAUGAUAAUUGUCGCUUGGAAUGGCUCUGGGGAUCCAACUGCUCUAUUUACUCCUGAUGUUUUUAAGAAAGUGUUGUCUAUUUUUAUAACCGCUGCGAUACUGAAGCUAGGACAAGCUGUACUUGAUGUAAUUCUUAGCUGGAAAGCACAACGGAGCAUGUCCAAUUUUGUAAAGCUAAGAUACAUCUUAAAGGUUGUUUCGGCUGCUGCUUGGGUUAUUGUUCUGCCAGUAACAUAUGCUUAUACUUGGGAGAAUCCUCCUGGAUUCGCUCAAACCAUCAAAAGCUGGUUUGGCAAUGGUUCAAAGUCACCUUCCUUGUUUAUCUUAGCUGUUGUGAUUUACCUCUCUCCAAAUAUGCUCGCUGCAUUGUUGUUUCUCUUCCCUUCGGUCCGUCGAUUCCUGGAGAGUUCGCAUUAUAAGAUUGUGAUGCUCAUGAUGUGGUGGUCACAGCCUCGGCUCUAUGUUGGGAGGGGAAUGCAUGAAAGCACGUUCUCUCUCUUCAAGUACACAUUGUUUUGGGUUCUUCUGCUAAUCACGAAGUUGGCAUUCAGUUAUUUCAUAGAGAUAAAGCCUUUGGUGGCUCCUACAAAAGCUAUAAUGAGUGCUCAUGUGACUAAUUUCCAGUGGCAUGAAUUCUUUCCACAAGCAAAAAACAAUAUUGGUGUCGUGAUUGCUGUCUGGGCUCCUGUUAUCUUGGUCUACUUUAUGGAUACUCAAAUAUGGUAUGCCAUAUUCUCCACUUUGUUUGGAGGAAUUUAUGGUGCGUUUCGUCGGCUUGGAGAGAUACGGACAUUGGGAAUGCUCAGAUCUCGUUUCGAAACUUUGCCGCAUGUUUUCAAUGCCUGUUUAAUCCCGGACGAGAAGACCGUCCAGAAGAAAAAAAGAUUCUUUUCACGAAAUUAUGAUGCUAGGAUCCAAAAUAACAAAGAGAAAGUCGCACCAAGAUUUGCUCAAUUAUGGAACACAAUAAUUAGCAGCUUCAGAGAAGAAGAUCUUAUUAGCAAUAGGGAGAGGAACCUUCUGCUUGUUCCAUAUUGGGCUGAUCGUGAACUAGAAAACAUUAUCCAAUGGCCUCCAUUUUUACUGGCGAGCAAGAUACCUAUAGCACUAGACAUGGCUAAAGACAGCAAUGGUAAUGACCGGGAGCUCAGAAAGAGAAUUGAGACUGACGAAUAUAUGUCUUGCGCCAUUCGUGAAUGCUAUGCUCAGUUUAGAAACAUCAUUAAGUCUUUGGUUCAAGGAGAGCGUGAAAAUAAGGUUAUUGAAUACAUCUUCUCUGAAGUUGACAAACAUGUGCAAGAUAACACUCUGAUACAUGAAUUCAAGAUGAGUGCUCUUCCAAGCCUGUAUAAACUCUUUGUUGAGCUCAUCCAAUAUCUGUUACACAAUAAACCAGAGGACAGGGAUAAAGUUGUGAUUCUCUUCCAAGAUAUGCUUGAAGUUGUUACACGAGACAUAAUGAUGGAAGAUCAGAUAUCCAGUCUAGUUGACUCAAUCCAUGGUGGAUCUGGGCAUGAGGAAAUUCUUCCAAUUGAGCAGCAAUACCAACUGUUUGCAUCUGCUGGGGCCAUUAAGUUUCCUAUUGAACCACAAACAGAAGCUUGGAAGGAGAAGAUUAAGCGGCUUGAUUUAUUGCUUACCACAAAGGAAUCCGCCAUGGAUGUACCUUCCAACUUGGAGGCCAGAAGGCGCAUUUCCUUCUUCUCCAAUUCAUUGUUUAUGGAAAUGCCAGCUGCUCCUAAAGUUCGCAAUAUGCUUUCCUUUUCCGUUUUGACUCCCUACUACACGGAGGAGGUUCUCUUCUCGCUUAAGGACUUGGAAUCGCAAAAUGAAGAUGGUGUUUCAAUCAUCUUUUACUUGCAGAAAAUUUUUCCAGAUGAAUGGACCAAUUUUCUUGAGCGGAUGAAGUGUACAAGUGAAGAGGAACUCAAAAUAUCUGAUGAGCUGGAAGAAAACCUUCGUCUUUGGGCAUCAUAUAGAGGCCAGACCUUAACUAAAACUGUGAGAGGUAUGAUGUAUUACCGGAAAGCUUUGGAGCUUCAGGCUUUUCUUGAUAUGGCCAAAGAUGAAGAUUUAAUGGAAGGUUAUAAGGCUGUAGAGCUAAACACAGAGGAGCACUCAAGAGGUGUUCGGUCACUGUGGGCCCAAUGUCAAGCGGUAGCUGACAUGAAGUUCACUUAUGUGGUCUCAUGUCAGCAAUAUGGUAUUGACAAAAGAUCUGGGCAUCAACGUGCACAUGAUAUUUUGAGGCUUAUGACCACGUACCCAUCAGUUCGUGUGGCUUAUAUUGAUGAGGUUGAAGAACCUAGCAAGGACGGGCCUAAGAAGAUUAACCAGAAGGCUUACUAUUCCACUCUAGUGAAGGCUGCUUUGCCGAAGUCAAUUGACUCUUCAGAGCCAGUUCAGAGCUUGGAUCAGGUUAUAUAUAGGAUAAAGCUUCCAGGACCUGCUAUUUUGGGUGAAGGAAAACCUGAAAAUCAGAAUCAUGCCAUUAUAUUUACUCGUGGAGAAGGCUUGCAAACAAUCGAUAUGAACCAGGAUAACUACAUGGAAGAAGCACUAAAAAUGAGGAAUUUGCUGCAAGAAUUUCUCAAAAAGCAUGAUGGUGUGAGGUGUCCGACAAUUCUUGGACUUCGGGAGCACAUUUUCACUGGAAGUGUUUCGUCUCUUGCUUGGUUCAUGUCAAAUCAGGAGACUAGUUUUGUGACUAUUGGCCAAAGACUGUUGGCCAACCCCUUGAAGGUUCGUUUCCAUUAUGGUCAUCCCGAUGUCUUCGAUCGGCUGUUUCACCUUACUAGAGGUGGUGUCAGUAAGGCUUCAAAAGUUAUCAAUUUGAGUGAAGACAUAUUUGCUGGCUUCAAUUCUACACUUCGUGAAGGCAAUGUAACUCAUCAUGAGUAUAUACAAGUGGGAAAAGGGAGGGACGUGGGUCUAAACCAGAUAUCCAUGUUCGAGGCUAAAAUAGCCAAUGGAAAUGGGGAGCAGACUUUGAGUAGAGAUAUAUACCGACUUGGACAUCGUUUUGAUUUCUUCAGAAUGUUGUCAUGUUACUUCACCACCAUUGGCUUUUAUUUCAGUACUCUGAUUACUGUGCUUACCGUAUAUGUCUUCCUUUAUGGCCGUCUUUAUUUAGUUCUGAGUGGGCUUGAAAAGGAAUUGAGUUCUCAGCCGGGAAUUAGGGACAAUAAGCCUCUCCAGGUGGCUCUUGCCUCCCAAUCAUUUGUACAAAUUGGAUUUUUGAUGGCACUGCCUAUGUUGAUGGAAAUAGGCUUGGAAAGGGGAUUUCGAACUGCACUUAGUGAUUUUGUGCUGAUGCAAUUGCAACUUGCCCCUGUUUUUUUCACAUUCUCUCUUGGAACAAAGACACAUUAUUAUGGAAGAACUUUACUUCAUGGAGGUGCAAAAUACAGAGCUACUGGUCGCGGGUUUGUUGUGUUCCAUGCGAAGUUUGCAGACAAUUAUAGAAUGUACUCGCGCAGUCACUUUGUUAAAGGAUUUGAAUUAAUGAUUUUGCUGCUCGUGUACGAAAUUUUUGGUCAAUCGUAUAGGGGUGCUGUUGCUUAUAUCUUGAUCACAAUAUCAAUGUGGUUCAUGGUUGGGACUUGGCUUUUUGCCCCAUUCCUGUUUAAUCCUUCUGGUUUCGAGUGGCAAAAGAUUGUUGAUGAUUGGACGGAUUGGAAUAAAUGGAUAGGCAACCGAGGUGGAAUAGGUGUACCUCCAGAAAAAAGUUGGGAAUCAUGGUGGGAAGAGGAACAGGAGCAUUUGCACCAUUCUGGAAAACGUGGUAUCAUCGCUGAGAUUAUAUUGGCACUGCGAUUUUUUAUAUAUCAGUAUGGGCUUGUGUAUCACUUGACCAUCACGAAGCAUCAUAAAAGUGUCCUGGUCUAUGGCAUAUCAUGGCUUGUGAUCUUCCUUAUAUUGUUUGUGAUGAAGACUAUUUCUGUUGGUCGACGAAAAUUCAGUGCCGAAUUCCAGCUUGUCUUCCGGCUGAUCAAGGGAUUGAUAUUCUUGACUUUUGUCUCCAUUUUGGUUACGUUGAUUGCACUCCCGCACAUGACAAUUCGGGACAUAAUUGUUUGCAUUCUUGCUUUCAUGCCGACGGGUUGGGGAAUGCUUUUGAUUGCACAAGCUUGCAAACCUCUUGUCGUCAAGGCUGGAAUUUGGGGAUCAGUUCGGACUCUUGCCCGUGGUUAUGAGAUUAUUAUGGGCUUACUUCUGUUCACUCCAGUUGCAUUCCUGGCUUGGUUUCCAUUUGUCUCAGAAUUCCAGACCCGUAUGCUCUUCAACCAAGCCUUCAGCAGAGGCUUGCAGAUUUCGCGUAUUCUCGGUGGACAAAGGAAAGACAAGGAUCGGGCCUCUAACAAGUAGUAAUGAAGACGAGACGAGAGAAGCACGCACUUAUGUUUGCUCAAGAACUUUUAUGUGAGCUUUCACCUUGAUCUGUAUCUCUGACCUGGUGAUAUCUAUUCUCAUUCGAAGGUAAAGGAGGGGAGCUUCCUCUUAUGUAUAUAGAAUCGUACUUAAAAGCUGGAGUUGUGUUAGGAUUACAUUUUAGGAUCUUGGUCGGAGCUAUGUAUUCAGCCAAUUUUUGUCGCCGAAGCAUGGGCGUUUGGAAUGAUGGAUCAGGUCGUGAUUGAAGUUUGUGGGUAAUUAUGCGGCCGUUGCUAUGGCCUUGCUCCA